GAUGUGUAGGUUGGUACUGAUUAACGGCUUCCUGUAAAUUUUGCAUCCAGCCCUACUCAGGGCCGUAGGUCCACAAAUGUCUGCCCGCCGGGAGUCAGAGCAAGAGAACGUGACGAAUAUUAACUGGGAGGGCAUUAUCGGCCUGCUUUGCAAUACUACAAACAAGCCCAACCAGCAUGCGCCAGUCGAUGCCAGCGAGUCUGGCCAGCCCAGAGUAGAACACAACGUGGCGGCAGAAGUCGAUCUCGGGCGUCUUGAGGGAUCCGUGGGCGCGUUGAGUCCGCGGCCCUCGCCGGAGCCGUCGGCACAAGCAACCUGCAAGGCUUCGAAGCGCAGCUAGCGGCAGCGGCGCCGCGGGCGAAUUUAGCGCCCGCUCCAUCGCUUCCUCGCUCCUGCUCGGCAACCUCAGUCGGAGGACGCAAGCCGCUGCCGCAGCGCACGCUGCUGCGGCCGCAGUGCUGAGCGGGCGCAGCGGCGGUGGCGGGACCGGCGCGGAAGACGAUGAGGAUGCGUCCUCCGUGCCCGCCGCGGCGGAGCAGCAUCGUCUUACAUCCGGCGAUGGGUCGGUGGACAUAUCUGUAAGCCGCGUGUGGGAUGUGUGUGGGCCGCGACAGACCAGCCUUACCAUCCGAUCGUUGGCAUGGCCCAACAAGUUACACCCCUUACACCUGUUUUCAUGUGAACGGCAUCACCUGUUUCGGGCCUGCCCGGCUGCAAGAGGUCGCUGCCUGGCUUGCCGAGCUGGUGCCCUACCUCAUGCUGCUGACCUGGAUGUUCCUGGUCCGAAGGUGGCUGCCGCUUCUGCUCAUCGUGUUCAUGGGCGGCAUGCUGCAGCGCGCCAACACCGCCCUCCGCCGCGUCCUCGCGCUGAGGCGGGAAUUCGGCCCGGCAGCCUGCGUGCGGCUGGCGGCGGUGGUGGUGGCGGCGCCGGCGCUGGUGCUGCUGUCAGGCGUAGGGCCGUGGGGCAGCGGGGCAGCGGCCAGCGACGCGGCAGGAGCAGCAGGGGGUGGAGGCGAGGGGCGGCCGGAGGGGCCGCAGCCGCCGGACGCGGUGUGGCGGGCACUCUCACUGCGGACCGUGCCACUGAGCAGGGUUGUCGACGUGCUGUUGCUGGUCGUGCUGGCGGACUCGGUGGCGCGGCUGUGCGGCGCAGCCAUGAAGGUGCUUGUGAUGGCUGUGUUCCGGGCGCGGCUGUUGCAGCAGCAGGCGGUGGUGCUCGGCGGCGGUGGCAGCGGAGGCAGAGGCAGCCUGGCGUCCGUGCUGGGCAGUGGCGGCGGCGGCGAUGCGACACGCGGCAUCAACAGCGCCAUAGCCAGCUGGCUACCAGGCCUAACUAGCAGAAGCAGUGGCGCGGUGGUGGUUGGCGGCGGCGCGGCGGGGUUGGCGGCAGGCGGCGCCGACACCGCCACUGCCAGCAGUGGCAGGCUUGGGUUGCCGGGCAGUGGCGGCGUCGGUGGCAGCAUCGGGCAUCUUCAUGUGGGUGGCGGCGGCGGCGGCGGUGCCUUCAUGGCGGCUUCAAAGCAGCAGCGGCAGCAGUCGCGUGUGUUGACGGCGGUGGAGUGCGCGGUGGCCGUGUAUCGCCUGCUGCUGCCCACACCGGUGUGGUGAGUCGGGGGGAGCGGCUGAGACGGGGAGAGCGAGAGCGCCUGGGCGGUCUGGCCGGCCCGUGAUGGCGCAGCCGCCG